CUGCCCAUGAAAUGAAAUUGGGAUUCCACGAUCGAGUUCCAGGUCACAUACCAAUCCAUACUGAACAACAACGUCUGCGUUUUCGCCGCUUCACAGCUCCGAUUUAGAAAAGGUUAUUGGGAUUAUAUCCCUUGAAUUCAGUGCCACCCUCAUUACAGAUCCCGGAGUGGUUGGAUUUUCUGGCGCACGGCAAUCCAGCAUGGGCCUACUCUCUGAAGAUCCGGAUCCCCAACUGACUUACCAAUAUUCCGUUGAUAGUUUCUUAUCCCCAACCUCCUCCGACUCCUUGAUGGGACAAGUUAGCAAAACGCUCAUUGAAAUCAUUAUUCCGGAUCAUGAGUGGAAGUUUGUUUAUAGGGUUCCGACAGACACACUCGUUCGUGAACUUCUUCGACGUAUUUUCACCACAUGCCGCCUAGACGUUGUGGAAUAUGCAAACUAUGGUCUGUACAUGCCACCACAAGGAGUACAGAAGGGAAAAUUUCUUCAAGAGGAACGCCCUUUAUGUGAAUAUCCUCAGUUAAUGCCCCCACUCGGUAGCGCCAGUGAAAACAGGCAAUCGAAUGCUCGCUACGUGGAUGGGAUACCCAUGAGCGCGCACAAGUUCAGAUACAUCAAUUCUAAAAGUCACCAGAAGCAAUUUCUCUCGGCGAUUCGGGAGCGAAAUAUUCGCCGAAUGGAUGAUAUGCUAGAUCGUGGUCUGGACCCAAAUUUUCAGUAUAGUUCCACAGGCGAGACUCCGCUUUGUUGCGCCACGCUGCAGCCAUUCUCCAAAGAUUUGAUUUUAAAACUGGUCGAGAAAGGUGCACUUCUGGAGUUCCGCGAUGAUGACGGUUUCACCCCUUUGCACCGGGCAGCCAUAUGUGGAAAUCUGGAGUCUAUCAAGGUUCUUUUAGACCUUGGAAUGAACCCGAAUGUGCGGGAUGGCAAGAGUCUGACACCGUUAUACUAUGCCGUAUCCCGAGAUAUUCCCACAAAAUGUAUUGCCCUUCUGCUCUACGAUCACGCUAUUCUGGGGGUUGUAGACGACAAAAACAGACAAGAAGUUCAUCAGGAAAGUUGUAUUUGUUUAACAUUCCAACUUUUUUGGCGAGCCUGCUUGUUUGACAAACCUGGACACCUGGAACAGCUCAUCAUUUACGGAGCUGACCUUGAUGCCCAAACCUCCAACUUGGACACAGCCCUGCACAUUUGCGCUCUGAACAACCACGAAACUUGCCUACGUCUACUGCUUAAACACGGAGCCACCAGAGAUAUGGUAAAUGCCUCGGGACAGACACCCUCGGAAGUGGCACUCUUAACUGGCUUGAGGAAACUGGCAGAACUCAUAGACAACUUCCCCGAUGAGGAAAUAGUGCGAACAUCCAGAACACCUAUUUAUAACACGGACCGGAGGCCGACUGCGGGUGGUCCUCGAGCAGCCUUGGAAGCUCACAGAGCCCGUCAUAGUUUUGGUGACCUGCCCAACUCCCUAGACCGACUCAGUUCGCUUGGCCUUAGCCCAAAUCCACGCUCUAUGUCCAAUUUCACCCGCUCCAUGGGAUCUGUUGAGGUACGGUAUACGGACGGUUCGGUCGUAGGUCUCAAUAACGGUAACCCACUGGACGGUCGGCGAUCAAAUUCUGUACCGGCCAAUCAAUAUAUCGAUGAAAUUUUCCCAAAUACACCUGCAGCAAGAGCUGGAUUAAAAGCUGGGGAUUAUUUGCUUGAAGUGAAUGGAGAAAACGUACGGGAUGCGUGUCAUCAGCACGUGGCUUCACUCAUCGCGGGAUCUGGUCCAAGAGUGACCCUAAAGGUGGUGGGCGGAGCUACAAAUGGAGCACCACCAAGGCGGAGAAUUCAAAUUAUUGAUCGACGUCAAUCUAACUAUGUGCGACCGCAAAAUUCAACGGAGGUACGCCGAUCGUCCUCACACGAUCAGGCCUGUAUAGGGGCCUACUGUCCCCCGAUAACCCUGUCUUUAUCUCGUCGGUAUGAAUACCGAAAACCUUCACCGGCCAACGCAGACUACGAAGGUCUAUCAAGCAUGACUACGGGCGACUAUUCUCCGACUCUAACUCGGGAAGUUUGUAUCCGGACUCUGACCAGAUCUCGGAAUUCUAGUAGUUCAACAGUUAACUCCUUGACGGAUGCAGAAAGCGACGUCAGUUUUUCAAAUGGACAAGCUAGUUCCACCACAUCUACCAAGGAGGACUUCCUUUUCACGCCACACGUCAAGGUUUUACGAGAAAAUAAUACCACUAUCCCACUAUCCAAGGUCACUAUAUCACGGGAAAUUGAUGGAAAUACAAUACCUCAUCCUCGCAUAACAGAUAAAAUCCGUUUUGCGUCCGGCACUCUGGACGAAGAAAUUCCACUUUACGAGUCUGUGGAUUUUACAUCCACGGAAGAGCAACUGGAUGCGCCAACCGAAUAGCAGUGCACAGUCUGGUCAAAUUCACGCAACCGAACCCCGAAAUACGAUUUUGUGAUUGUUUGGUUUAGGCCAACUCAUAUUCCGCAAAGAUCAGUUUCAACCAGAUUCUGCCGUUUUUAUGCUUUGUCCACAAAUUGUAUGCGAAUUAAUGAACCCAAGAGUUUUAUACAGUUGUCUUCUUAGUCACCUCUCCACUUAUAAACAUUCAUGUUGAUUUGUACCCUUGCUGCAAGUGCCUCAGUAGAAACUGCUAUAUUGGAUCUAUAUCGUGAUAAAAGUAUUCACAGAACCCCUCAUCUUUUU